AGGGAAGGGUUUUGCAGUUAACACGGACACACUGUGAAGAAGAGAAAUGGGAAAGGAAGGCGACUUGUGGGACGAUUCCGCUCUCCUCAACGCCUUCGACGACGCCAUAUCCAAGUACAAGAUAAUGCACAGCAAAAAAAAUUGCAAUACUUCGGUUGAGGGAGGAAAAGCUGUUGGUGGCACUGAGGAAGAUGCAUCUGCUGAUGUUAGUGAAAGUAAUGAGGCUAGAAGGGAUGCAGAAGAGAAGAGCAAUGUUUCAUCAAGUACUGCAAUAGACUUGGGAGAGACUAGUAAUAUUUCACAUGUUAAAGAAAAUCACUGUGGAUAUUCACGUGCAGCUGAGCCUUGUAUAGAUUCAUCAAAUAAUCUACACAAGCAAAAUAUGGAAGAUGCUGGUGAAGGCUAUUCAUAUUCUCAUGGUGCAGAGGAUUAUAACAAGUUACUCAACCUAUAUAAUGAGCUUGAGGAGAAGAGGCAAAAGAUUUUGGAGCAGCUUCAUCAAUUUGGUGGUUGGAAUUACCAAUAUUCUGGUGAAGGUUCUGGUUCUGGUGCUGGUGUACAGUGGGGUACCUAUUCUACUUACCAAGAACGCGCUAUUCCUACGAGCCAAGUUUCUCAUCCAAAUGUUGUCUCUUCAUGUUGUGGAUGUCAGUAUUUGGUGGCUCCAUGCACUUCAUGUCCUGGCUGUUCUUUGGGUGGGACAUCUGUUUGCAAGACUUGUACUGAUGAUUCUGUGGCAAUGGUUCCUGGAAAGUCUUGCCCUCUUGAAGAUGGUGACAUUGUCAAAACAGCGAUGGGAGCUGCAGAAAAGGCAAUAUCUUCCAUGAGGACAAAAAUUUCCAGUGAUCCUAAUAUAAUUGAAGAGAAAGAGAAAACUGAAGGGGAAACAGCCCCGACUACCGGCUCCGAAACAGAUCUUACUGUUGUUUUAAACGCUUGGUAUUCUGCAGGCUUCUACACUGGCAAGUAUCUUACCGAGCAAUCUAUUGCAAAGAACCGGCAUAGCUAGAGCUUUCUCCAGCAACUUCUAGCAGAGGCCGAGUGGUGUUAAAAAUAUUGUCAAUUGUACAACAGAUGGGGUUGCAAUUUCUUGUAUUUGUUCUUCAUUGUGAUUUUUUUGUUUUGUUUGGUUUACAAAACACUUUUUUAGCUUCGCCCUCCAACAAA